AGAAGUAACAGCUGAAUGUUGUGCAGGACUCCACGUUUGAAGUGAUCUAUUUGGACUCGGCUGGGGAGAUGUGCACGAUGCUGGCGGCUUGUUUCAGUGCAGCCAGAGGAGAUGGGCCAGAUCGUCAGCGUAGAGCUCUGCAGGACCAGGUGGUGAAUCCUCGUCAUUGGCACAGUGUGGAACCCCGACAGAUGGCAGACAACUCCUCAGAAUACCUGGAUGACUCUACUGAUGAGGAUGAAGAGGACGAUGAAUAUGAGGAGUCAGAUGAUGAGUUGGGUGACUACUUGGAUGAAGAGCAGUUGGAUGACCCCAACAACACAACAGCUGACAUGACUGAUACCCAGAUGAACUCCACAACAGUAACUGAAGCUGAAGAAACGAUGAACACCUCAAUGCCUGUAAAACCCAGACUGGGGAGAGGGUUGGCUGACAUGGAGAUGUCUGGUGACAUGGAAGAAGAUAAUACUGAGGGUGACUCCUUUUCAUCUUUAGAACCUGGACUAGGGAUGGGGAUGGAGAUGGAGGACAUGAAGUCAUCUGAUGAUCCAGAGGACAUGGAGGAAGAUGAGGAUGACUAUUCUGAAGAUGACACCUUUCCACCUUUUGAACCCAGACUGGUGAGAGGGAUGAAUGACAUGGAGGCAUCUGAUGACCCAGAGGACAUGGAAGAUGACAUCUCUUCUGAGGAAGAGGACUAUGCUGAUUCUGAUGAAGAUGACUCAGAUUCCGAGGAUGAAUCUGAUGACGGCAGUUCCACAACAGCCAAGAUGACUGAAUAUCAGAUGAACACCACAGCUGUAGAUGCCCACGUAGCACCAACGGCACUGAACACCUCAAUGCCUUUAGAACCCAGACUGGGGAGAGGGAUGGAGGACAUGGAGAUGUCUGGUGACCCAGAAAACAUGGAGGAAGAUGAUUCUGGUGACUAUGACAUGUCUGGAGCUGAGAUGAAUGCUUUAUCUUUUGAACCCAGACUGCUGAGAGGGAUGGAUGACCUGUUGGCAUCUGAUGACCCAGAGGACAUGGAGGAAGAUGAGGAUGAUUCUGAAGAUGACUAUGAUUCUGAGGAUGAAACCUCUUCACCAUUACUCCCUAGAUUGGUGAGGGGGAUGGAGGAGCAUGAGGAUUAUGAUUAUUCUCAGUAUGAUGACGCCUCUCCCCUCUUGGUACCCAGAUCGGUGAGAGGGAUUGAUGAUGAUGAUGCUUCUGGGGAUGAGGACUACAAUGACUAUUCUGGGGAUGACAAGAUGUCUGACGGUAGCGGCGAGGUCUCAGAUGAUUGAUGUUCCACAACCUGCACCUCCAGUCCACAUCUGGACCAGUGGCACCUAGACCACACAACAGCAGAGGUCCUUGGUCCACCCCUUGUAUCUCCUCACUCUCUCUAUGAAAUAAAGUACAGUUUUACAUCA